ACAAGAUGGCGCUCUCCAUGAGUGAAGUUGUUUGCCAGGAACUCCUAUCCAUUCUUGCUGCAUACAGUACUUCAGAUAGGAAUCAUUGCUGAUAAAACGAACUAUAACUUGAUAAAGCUGAUUUUCCACGCAACUGUUGUUUUAAAACCAAAACAAAAACUUAAGUUAAUUAGAAAUUUGACUGAAAUUCGGAUCAAACGAGAAUGUUUCCCAGUUACUGCGUCGUCUGCUCCAGAUUCACGGUGUUUUUGUGGGCCACGGUUCUGACACAAACGCCUUUGUACCUGUGUGACACAGUCCGUGAUCGCAAUGACUUAAAAGGACUGCGGAAUGAAGUCAAAGAACUAUUAUUAUCGAUUGAAAGUGAACACCCAAAUGAGAAAUCUUGCAGUGUCAUCCCUAAGCGUGUUCAGUUCUCAAGAUUUUCAGAGAAACAUGGAUUCCACAGGGACAUCCAUUCCUCACUGAGUAUACUGCUUGAUCCUGCCCAUCACUGCACUUCUUGUGACCUUCUCUUAAUUGAGAGCCUUCCCAGUGGACUGUUUGUUGACCUUUACCAGGCAGCCAGUGCAGUUGAGUUUGGAGGACCCCAGAUUCUUGCAUUUGAAGAAAUAGACCUGGAGAAACCAGCCUACCUCUCUGGUGGACACACCAUUCUGGUCUAUCCCUCCAGCCCAUCCCAGAUAGUCGCACUCAAUAGUGAAUUCAGAGUGAAUUUCACCAUUGAGAUGCCUGUCCAUCUGAGAUAUCACAGACCGUCCUCAGAUACGGCCAUACACUCGGCCCACAUUUCCAUGCUGGCACCUUAUCUAUUGAUUCACUGCACAGGGACAUCUGCCAUUGGGACACAUGUAACAGAUGAGGAUCUAUCAGGCCUGCUGUACAGAGCCCCAUGCAAUGCAACUUCCAAGACCAGCUGUCUGUGGAGGCUCUUACCACAAAAUCCCAAGGAGAACAGUGUGUUGCAUUUUGACGUUCCCAUUGGGCAGCAGCAUCACACCUUGGUUGUCACCACGGUAACGAUAUUGGCAACUGUAGCAGGAACUGUGGCUCUGCUUGUAACGAUGCUCAAGACCUCUGCCAAGGCCAAACCUGACUGAAUUAUUGAUGAACCACGUCAAACUUGUCAAAAGACAAGUUCAAGUUGAACAUUAUGGAGAUAGUGAGCUCAAUUUUAAUACAACUAGGUGCCAAGUGCAUGUAAAGUGUGCUCAUCAAAUGUUUUAAACUGAAGAUCUCCAUCAGUAACCAGGAUAGGCUCUGUCUGGCCUAAAUUGAUGCUGUCAGGAAAUAAAGACAUCAAUCAGACCAUGUCUUCUUCACUCAUUAUCAUCCUGUAAUUGACACAAAUGCAAUGUUGGGAUGAUCAGAUAUAAAUAAAUAGACUCAGAAAGUCCCUAACAGCAGAAGCACUGUACCCGACCAGUUUCUGUUCAGAAACCCAUCACAAUCAUGGGCCAGAUACAGUACCUUAACAGCAGUAAGCUUUUCAGUGAGUGGAGAACAGAUCCGAACCAUAAUUGUCAAACAAUGGGUCUGUGAAGGUUCAUAAAACUUGUUUUAGUAUACUUAUGUCAAAAGUUUAAGAUAACGGGGGUUGUUUUAAAAAAGAUGAUGGUUCUCUGGGACCCUCACAGAUAUAGUAAGUGCAAAUUUAAUAGAAAGUGAGAAACUCGGUAACCUAAUGUACUUUUUGGGAAUGAUUCAUCAAACUAGUCUGGCAUGAAAAUCAGCAACUGUAUGAUUUUUAAAAAAUUAAGGGAGAUUUAUCUUUUUUGUACUUUAACCCUCCUUUUACUGCAACCAUCAAAAAUUC